GAGCACCGGUAGUAGACCCUCACGCUCCACCCCUCCCCCUCUCCUCUUCCCCUUUACAUUUCUCCCCCCACACUGCUCAACCGCCUUCACAAUAAGUGUUAUUCUUACCCCCUCCAGUGGUUUAUCCCACUGUGUCCCUACGGCACUCUAGACUCCACACCCCACCUCACAAAGGUGGCUUCCUCCGAGAUCUUACUCUCACGACCGAUCCAGUCCUCGUCAGCAUCUCAUACACCCCCUGCGCUCCGAAUUUUUCACUCAAGAAGCAAUUGCUCUCCUAUCCAUACUGUGACCCGGGAAAUUAGAAUGGGCUCCACACUCCCUUGCCCUCACAGUGAGGAAUCAUCUGUUCCAUUAGCGAGCAAUCCUCUCUCAGUGAACUCUAAUUCUCCCGCCGUGGGGUCUCGGAGAGGCCAGUCAACGAGUGACGGUUCAAUUUAUAUUCCAAAUGGUUGCCGUGAUAUUUUUGACCAAGCCAAAGAGCAAAAAUGCCUCUCAUAUUCUCACAAGAGCAGCAGCAGUCUCGGAAGUGGGGGGAGUUCCUACCGCUCCGUGUUUGGCUCCCCCAACUCGGACAAGGUUUCUCCGGUCGAUCAUACGCCUGCUCCUGGGAGCCAGACCAGGCGGUCUUUAACCCUAAGACAGGCCAAUCCCAUUAUUGACCACUGUCUCACACUUCCGGAUGAAACUUUCGUUCGAAUACUUUCAUUCCUGGACCAUCGCUCACUGCUCGCUGCCAGGUUGACACGCAAGUCAUGGAACGAUGUGUGUGUAGAGCACAAAUUUCUCAAGUUCCCUCCCGUGUACCGACUUCCGGUUGAAUUGGUACAGGAAAUUCUCGGCUCCACAUCACCUCUUUCCUUCAAUGCAUCCAGGCAUGUAUGCAGGGCGUGGUACCUCUCUGCUCUCGAGCCGUUCCUUCUCAAACAGCAUCUUGAAGAGCUCGGCUUCCACAAUGCUGAAGCCUCAGUGAGGGAUUCCCAAAAUUCUCGCUACCUCGUCACUCGGCUAUCCCGCGAGUGCUCGCUGAGCCCCGACAAUACUAAGGGCGGUGGUCUUCGCAACACCGCAAUUCUCGACUUGUCGGAGCUGGUUGCUGCUAAUCCUGCUAAUUUCACAGUCUCUAUAUGCGGUUCCUACGCCUUAUUGAGCGAGGGAUGUGUUGUUUAUGUUUAUCACUUGAAGUCUACGCUAGAGAGGUGGAUGGAAUACGUUACCUCGGUCGUUUGCCCGCGGAGAGUACUAGCCGUUAGCAUGGAUACAAGUAGUCAAAGAUUCGCUAUAGCCAUAUUGCUCGUACAUCCUCUCAAACUUCGCUAACCCCACUGAAUGCUCACUAACGAAAUUAUGGAUUAAAAGGACGGACGUAUGGGAAUCGUUCACGACGUGGUGGAGCAAGAGACAAAGAGUACUUAUCGGAAUAUAUGCAGUGAAGAAGAUCUACCGAGGAGUGUCGCUAUCUGCCCACAGAGACGGUGUGUUGCUUUUGGGUGCCAUGGCGGGAUUGAGCUGCAUUGUGAGUAUCUCCUUAGCCCUCGCUACGUUCACCAAUCGGCAUCUGCAUCUAAGACCUCAAAGUUCUUGAACGCUUGCAUUGUCCAACAAAAUGGGCUACGUCCGCGGUUGAUCAUGACUGAUAAUUUCUUCUUAGGGGUUGAUGCAUUAACAGGGCAAGAUCUCAACCGAUGGUUCCCAUUGACAGCCCCUUCGGAUUUUUUAUACUUUCUUCCCCCCCGACGCGGCAUAGAUUCUGCUAAGAAACUGCGUCUCAUAUCAAGUGCUGUCCACCCCAGGGAUAUGAGCCCCCUUACCAGGCGCUUCGAUGUCAGCCCGGACUCCCGUGCCCUUUCAGACACCUGGGAGCCAAGAGCUGGCCAAAGUGACCAUUUCCAGGCUGUACCGUUAAGUGAUGGUUCUCACAUACUAUUCAUUGACCCUGAAAGUGGGGGGUUAUGCCUGGGCAGUGAUGCACCGUUGGGGUAUGUUCCCGCUCCCUCUGUCCCUCACCAGGUAACUGUUGCAGGGGAGGGCCCGAUGUCUGAGGUACGCAUGCUGAUAGGGUAUUCCCCAACAAUAGCGGGCCCACAAAGCUCCUGCGAAAGAUUUGGUUGAUCCCACCGGGAAGCGUCGUAGGGAUGAUGACCGAAAGGGAACGCAGUACCAAUGAAAGCUUGGGCGCCUCCCAUGACCAAAGGAUCGGGAAGACCGUCCGACCAAGUGUAUACGCUUCAGGGGCCAGUAUUAAGCAUGGUGUAAGAGUUGUGGCAGCGUACGAUGAUCACGUGGUACUGUUUUCGGUUCCACCGGAUAUCUUCUACAGCCCAUUUGGGGCAGAGUCCACCGGUGACCAGCUCUCUAUCCCGAACCAGCACCCCACAGGCAUCCAUAUUACGAAGGCCCACGAGCCUAUCCGGAUAACCGGUUACUAUAUCGACUCGGUCCCUGGACUGGUCGACCUCGCUGUGCAUAGUGGAUUUGCUCUGGCCAUUUAUGCGUUUUCUGCCAGUGGGAAGGUGCACGUUUACCAGCUUAAGAAGACUGAUGCGACUGUCAAUCUGAAAGACCCUUUUAAAAUGACAGCUACUAGGUAUGGGAAACUAGCUAUUGGCCGUUCGAAUGGAGAAGACUAG